CUUCAGUGGAGGCUUGUGUUGUGUGUAGCCCAAGCUUGGUGUAAACCCAUUGUAGGCACGUCCCGAGCUGUCUCCUGACUGCACACUAAGACCUGGACAGAGUGAUCCAACCGGCUGUAGGCGGAGAUGAAGAUCUGGCUCCUGUUCCUUUAAGGCUGCAUGUGGUCUACAUCUUGCUGCUCCCAUGGCAGGCUGUGUAGGUGCACGCUUUCAAAGUUUGACUGGGGAAUAGAGGGAGCAGCGGAGACGGCAGCAGCAGCAUCGACCCGUCAGGAAAUAUCCACAUUCACGGCGAUCACCAUCAACAGAGGAGAGGAGAAACAAGAAACCUGCAGCUCCGGCGAGAAGGACUGUGGGAAAGAUGAGAGAGCCGAUAGACGAUUUGUAAAUGAAAAAGACAAGCAGGUUAAUGUAGCUCAGUGUUCGCUGGAAGGAGGGACUCCCCCGGCUGAAGCCUCCCCCUCAGCCAUGCCGCUUGUGCUCCGCACGCUGUUGUUCGCCUUUGUAACGCUUGUGGUGGUGCUUCUGAUCAUAGAUGAUAUUGCAGAAGUGGAGGAAGAAACUGCGUAAGUAGCCCACUGUGAUUACUCCACGCGUGAGUGUGCGUGUGAUCUUUUGUUUUCUUGUCCAGCAGGUUGAUUUCAUUUCAUCCCAGGUCCUGUUAAGUGUUGGGAACUAAACCAAGAGGAUGAUACGAACGAGUUUAUUUGAUUUCAGUGGAAGUUUGGGGUUGGAUUUGGACAAUGCAUGGUUUGUUUCUGCAUUUGUAACACUUGGGUGCAGCAGCUGUAGCAGCUGUUCAGACAACAGCCUGCCCGGGUCUCCAAGGAUUAGGCUAUUUGUCUUGCAGCACUCUGCAUGCGGGAUAGGAUACGUUUACACUAUGGGAGAGAAGGAGAGUAGAAUGUGUAGCCUGUGUAUGUGUGUGUGUGAAAGAGAGAAAGAGAGGCAGACAGAUAGGGACGAGAUAGAGAGGAGGGGCAUCAGAUUGGAAACAAAAGAGGUCUACCCCCUUUUCUCUCCCAUUCUCAGACUUUGAAAUGUUCAGCAGUGCAGCAGAAAUCUUCCAAAUCUGUCUAUCCCUUUCUCUCUCUGUGUUUCUCUUACACAGACAUGCCCCACUUUGAUUUGACCUGCAAGAAAAUGCAAUCUUAAUUUAGAAGCCAACACUUCAGCAACAAGGAAAAUACAGCCAGACUUCAACAGUGAAACAUCCUCCUCCUGCUUUUGUCAUCAUUAAAAGAGCCUGUGCUAUCUAGACAUGCAAAUAAAUACGUAAAAUACUUUUUUCACUCUUCUGACUUUUUGGGUUUCCUCUUGGCAAAUAAGAGCCUUCUGUUUGGGAUGCAAUUACCCGACUGUGGAUCAUUUCAUAAUGAGGUCAUAUUGCUCUGUGAUCCGCAGAGGGAGAAGGACUGGAACCAAUUCCAAGUCUGCAUAAAUGCUGCUUAAUACAAUCAUAUGAAUAUAUUGAAGGGUACCAGGUAGUAAAAUUAGUUUAGAAAGCCCACCUGACCCAUGUUUCUGAGCUGAACUCCUCCAAAUUACUUCCUCAGUUCUUCCUUUACACAUAUUCUCCUCUUGAUGGUAUCAAAUGAAAUCAAGGUCAUAAGUGCAUUAAGAUUGAUGCAGAAAAAUCCUCUAGCACUCACAGUUGUUGUUUUUUCUACUGUAAAUGCACAUAGGCUGGUGUAUUCAACACCUCUGUGAAAAGAAAACCUCCUUCCAGUGUAAUGGGAAUCCAUUAAGACCACAUUUCUCCCUCAUUACAUCAGCAAAUGGGCCCACCGUGGAUUGUCUAAAAAUACCUUGAUGCUUGCUUUUCACCUUCAUUCUGUCUUAAAAGCUCUGAGAACUGUACUGAAUACUGUUACUGUUACGAGAUAUGAUUACAAGAGGAAUCUGAAGCAUCAACUGAGUAUUCAGUUUAUGUGUUUGUAAUUUAAUUGAAAUCGCCUUUUUUUUUCUCCAUUUCUUUCCUUCUAGAAACACUGGACACUCAAAGAGCAACUUGCACCUGCUCAUCCCAAAACCACACAGGUUUGACAUCUAAUUCUCUUCACGCUCAUGAGGAUGUACAUACAGGCCAGUAGUAAUGCGCUCAUGGCUGCUCCUAUAGUAUUUUUAGUUGGCACUGGUCACUUGAUUCCUUCGCAGCCUCUGUAACACAGUGAGUCACUCAGAGCGAGUGUCUCAUUACUUUUUACAGCAGAAAGCACCUGCUAUAAAUACCCAUCAUCGUGGUGGUUUCCAUGUGAUUCUCAGAGAACUGGCAGUGAAAGUAAAACAGAAUUUGACUAAAAUAAAAAAAAGGUGUAUUUCAAAUAACUUAGGUGUGUUUAAAUGUAAUUCGAGCCCAAUACAGAGAGUCGGUUUAGCUCGAGUGUUCACAGCGUCUAAUAGUGCAACUGUAGUGUAACAAUGGUGCAACAAGUAUGUAUUAAAAGUAUCAGAAGUACUCAUGCAGGAAAUUGCCUCCAUGAGUGCUUAAUUUAAUAAUUAAUUUAUUAGUUAUGUAACUGUUCGCCAGUGUUAUUCAUCUGCUGUAGCUGAACGGAGCAGGUUAGUUUUAUUAACUUCAGAUAAGUUUUCUUCUGCAUUUCCUGUGGAAGUGUUAUGUUAGACAGAGAAACUUUGAUAUUUACACUCACAUGUGAAUGCUGCACAGCUUUUUAAGGACGAAAGAGUUCAUUUACCUCAUUCUGAUAUUACUUGGAUACCUAAGCGGACAUCAUUAUGUUGGGCUAUGAUGGUGCUGAUAAACCAGAUCAUCUCGUAAUCAAAGUGAUGGCAAUACAUCAAAGUUUACAGAGUUUUAUCAUUUUUAUGUGAAAGCUAACAACUUCACAUGGUGCUCAUGGGAAAUGCAGUCUCAACAUAACAUGAAAACCUCUUGCAGGGUCUCAAAUGUUACUAGCUUAGGAGCACCGGGGUAGCUUAGUAGUGAAAGUAUGCACUAUGUGCCGAAGUGCAGUCCUCAUCAGUGGUUGGUGGUUUGACCCUAAACCACAACCCUUUACUACAUUAAAGGGAUAUUCCGGCGUAAGAUUAAGUUAGGGUCAAACACAUCGUAACAUUGAGUUACUCUCUUCCAGCAGCCGCUUGUUUGUAGCGAGACCUCGGGCCAGUCCAUUACAGACUGCUGCAGGGGGACGCAGCUCAAGGAAGAACAUUUCUUUUGCCUUAGUGUCCCAGUAUGUUUGCAUUUCCUUUAAGAAAUGAACAUAAAUGUUCUUCCUUGAGCUGCGUCACCCCGCAGCAGUCUUAAAUGGACUGGCCCGAGGUCUCGCUACAAACAAGCGGCUGCUGGAAGAGAGUAAGUGAGUUGUGUUUAGUCUUUUUGCUAAAGAAAUCAGGCAAAGUUAAAAAGAUGUUUGGUAGCCAUGUACUAUUGAUGAAGUUAGGUGCUGUUCUGAGCAUUAUUUGUGGCUAUAGAGUGGCGUUUUGUUUGAGGUUUGUGUAUGGCUCCUCAGACCGCUGUGUAUUGCUAUUGUGCGGUUGUUACUAAAGUUGGUAAAACUAGAGAAGCAAGCGGUCUGCAACAUUCAUCUCUCAAGGGGGUGUCUAACUCGAUGUUUUCAAACUCGAUGUGUUUGACCCUAAAUUAAUUUUAUGCCAGAAUAUCCCGUUAAGAGAAGUGAAGUAGAAGAAAAAAAGGUGCAUGAAAUUUUAAAGCUUGAGUAAAUGAAGUUGAUUUUUGCCCUUGAGUUAAUAAACAUUGUAAAUUUUCACAACUAUUCCCAUAAGUAAAAUCACUCAUUAGUCUCAGAGGGUUAGUAACUUCUACAGCAUCUGAAACUCUAUUUUUUUUUAUUUUUGAUAAACUCAGAUGGAGAAAAGGCUACCAGAGAGGAAAAAAUACAUAAAAAGAGGAAGCCAUUCACAUGAAACAUUUACCUUACAGGAAUGCUUCUGUGGAGAAUCAAUCCGAUCCUCUUAGUGUAUCACAAACAUGACUUUUCCCCUUCAUGUAGAAAGUCUACAGCUCACGUGGACCCGACUGCUGUGACAAACCUGAGCAAAGAUACAAACAGCCUCAGUCUCUGCUGCAAUAACACUGCCAGGCUCUCAUCAAACAGCUGGACCUUCAACAAGACCCUCUCCAACCUCAUCAGGCACUCACCUCCCUCUGCACAAUUACCCCAGCAUAUUCUUACAUGCCACUAAACAGACUCUUUCAUAAUUAGUUAUCAUGUCCCCUCUUCUCACAGGAAGAAUAUUCUGAGAUUUCUCGAUCCUGAAAGAGACAUCUCUAUUCUGAAGGGCACGCUGAAACCGGGAGAUAUUAUCCACUAUGUAUUUGAUCGCCACAGCACCACAAACAUCUCUGAAAAUCUUUACCGACUGCUGCCGACUGCAUCCCCAAUGAAGAACCAACAUCAUAGACGCUGUGCUAUUGUGGGAAACUCUGGGAUCCUGCUGAACAGCAGCUGUGGACCAGAGAUUGACUCUCACGACUUUGUUAUCAGGUAUGCCUGUCGUGAUUUAUGUGCUGAAAGACCCCCACUUCACACAAAUCAUAAAACAUUGAAUUUCAAGUGGACUGUUUGUUCAAUAGAUUAGCACAUUUUGUGUUUAUCACUGUGAAUAUUCCACAAUGGAAUAUUUUUGCAGCUCUUAUCAAACUUGUUUUGAUCUCACAUGGCUGGGAAUACAAUAACUGGACUUUGAAAGCUUUGCAGCAAUUCAGGUUUUGCGCCAAACAUCCAGGCUGAGACCUUUAUAAUCUACAUUAUUGCAUUCAGAUUGACAUUUAAGAGGCUUUUGUCAUCCAGUAGACGCACAUUGCCUCACUCAGAGACUCCCCGAGGUUGUGCUCUCAUGUAGCUGAAGAUUCCUCUCAUGAAGCCCUCAGCGAUUCUGUUCAAUGUUGGGGUGCAAGCAAAGGAGAGCGUUGUUUACCACCUUUUAUACGCAUCAUAAAAGGGAUCUUUGCGGGGGGAGAAACUGCAAAAUAGCAGUAAUCUGUAUGGGAAUUUGGAUAUGGAUGAGAUAAUCUAACAAAGCCUGCAGUAAAAAGCAGAGGUAUUUACAGUGGAAACCAUCCCCUCAUGAAUCAAUGACUUUAAUGUUGUUGUGUAAAUGGAGCAGGAAGUAGCUGUCUGCAGUGGCACCUCAUUGAGCAGAUUGAUCGAUAGCUGAACAGGGCCUCAGAUUCCUUCUACGUCUCUUUUGUUAGUGUGAAGAUUGAUUCUCUUGUCUGCGCAUCUUUCCUGCGUGCUGUCGCGGUUCUAUGCUGAUGGGGAGAGGUCAUGAUUUCCAGACUCCAGCAGCAUGGUAAUGGUGCUGGGCUGGGCGGUAAUUGUGGCCUGAUGGCAGACAACUGGGAAUGUGGCAUUUUGAGAAGCUGAGGAAUUCGCCCCAGCAUUCCCAUAACAGAUUUAGAGAUAAUGACUUGGUUAAAUAGUCUCUCCGCUGUUUGCCUCAUUUCUGCUCAGUAGUUGUCAUGAUUUUGAGAAGUGGUUACAAAUGAAUUAAGGGAAGUGUUUCAGUAAGGUUUUGUUUUUAGAACUAGUCAGAUGAAGGUCACUUUUUUUUCUACGCUUCAUCUUUAGACCAAUUUUUUCCCACUGUGGGGAAGUAUUCAAAGGUGCCUGUGAAAACUAUGUCUCUACUAAUAGAGUAAUUAAGAACAAGCUUUAAUCAUCGUGUGUUCAAACCAGAUGAAUUAAUGUCAUUGGAUAAGGCACUUGCGCUGUUUUUUGUAUAAUUCAACACUUGCAAAUAUCCUCCCCUAAAAGCCAAUUUCCAAGGUUCACAACAGAGCACCAGUCGGUAUGUUUACAUGCAUUAAAAAAAUUGAUUUAUUACGAUAGUCUGACUGAAAUUGUACUUAAAAAAAUCAUGUAAACACACUGAAAUGGAACUUCUCAUAGACAGACUAACGUACUCGGGCUAUACAGUUGAGGAUUGAUUUUCUCUUACAUGUAUACGACUCAAUCAAAAUGAAACUGGCUUAAGCAUUCUGGGCAUGCACCAGGCUCUGAGCCGGUGGUUGAAUAGCAUGGAUGUGUUGCCAGGAAGCCAGGUAGUAAACAAAAAACCUUGUCAGAUGAAGAAAGGAUGUUAAAAAAAACAAAAAACGACGAAACUUGGCACAAAAUGGCACAGAGCUGUAAAAGUGACACACCCUGAGCCUCUUGCUAAGGCAUUUUGCCAGCUGUUUUGAUAUGUAAAGCAUUAACCAGAAGAUGUAACAAGCAGCUACUGUAGUCACAACAUGACCAUAUGCUUGAUUGUUUAGUAAACCACGUCAGAGUGGCUGAAAGAGUGUUCUUACUUGGUUUUCCAUUUUACUUAUGUGUGAAUCAGAGUCAGAGUUUACAGAAACUCUUCUGAUGUGUUGACCUGCCACACAUGUUGAUCGUAGAUGAUUAUAUGCUUCACUAAGAAGAUGAUUACCUGCUGUGUGGUUUGUGGCAUUUACUCUGCAGCUGGGGUCAACACUAAUUAUCAAAAUGCCAUCCUCUGCUUCUCUGCUCAAUUUAGCUGGAAUUUCUGCUCUCUUUCACCCCUGCUCGAGGUUUCUUCAGAGCAAAUGUUUGACUAGCUCAAGGAUAGGGACAGAUGGGUGAUGAACUGAAGACAAAAAAAAAGUAGAGGUGUCUUAGUGAGAUGCCAGGCCACCGUGACAUACCAGCUGCUUCGACUCUUCUGGUAAAUAGCUGCCAAAAGUUCAUUCAAGAACACCUUUCGGGUAUCUGAUGAUCUCUGAGAAGGUUUCUCCUUAGUAAACACAUUUUUGAUAGCCGCUGUGAAGUUUCUGAAGUAAAAUGCCACCAGAGAAAUUAGACUUAAAGACCAACUCCGAUGAAAAUCAUGUUUUUCUUGUUUUUUAUAUGUUCAUAUGGCAUUUUUCUGAUGCUACAGGACAUAUCAUGAGAAAACUAAAUGUAAAAUUGCUUUUCUGAGUAUUUCUUCAUUCAAAUCGCUGUGAAUCUCUGGCAGACCCAAAUGGCAGGUUCAGAAACAGUGAGAGUUCAUAUGUAACUAAUCCAAGCUCCGCCUCCGGAGCCCCACUAUGCAGGCCACACUUUGCAUAUAGAGAAGAAAUACAGUGGACAGUCGCGGAACAAGCGUGUGCGUUAGCGGAUCGCAAUGCCUGUAAGAAUUAUGAUAUUAGCUUUCAUGAUGUCCCUAAAGACAUUAAUGUCAAAAAACUGAAUAGCUCCUAUGUUACCUGCAACUUCUACUACACCAGCAAUGUUAGGCUGAUAGCUAACGUGAAGACGCGUGUGCAGAGCAGCGUUGUCUCUGCACACGACUCAGAGGUGAAUUGCUAAUGAUCUACUGGAGCUUAAAAAUGACACAGGUAACGUGAUAUUGGGUAAAAACUUCAUAAUCACAAUUAAAAGACCACUGAGAACACUUUCAGUUGUUUAAAAAAAAUGAUCAGAGCGGGACUUUAAAUAAGACUUAAAAAAUAGGUAAAGUUUCAAGUUUUUGUUUUUUAACUCAGAGCUUUGCUAAUCUUUAUCUGUACAUGCCAACACCAUAUUUUGUAAACGAAAAGUUCAAUCUGCUUUAAACUGUUUCAUAAAUUUUUGCUGUUGAAAAUGUGAAACAAGGCUUUUUCUACGGAGAGCUGUCAAUCAAAGGACACGGUUUGUUGAUCUGAUUUGCUGCUUUAAAAUACAGAAAUUGGAAAAAGGGAUACGUGAAGUUUUAUUUUCUUUUUUUGUAAAUAAAAAACUCUAGUGAAAAAGAGGCAGAAACAAAAAGUAAGUCCUGAUUUUUUUUUCUGAGACAGGAUGUACUCCUGUGCAAGUGUGGAGUGCUGAAGGUCUCACUCAGUGAUUACCCGAGCCUCUUGUUGAUGGCAGUCAAUACACAUCAAAGAAAAAGUGAAUCACCUCUCCUUUAGCGAGCUGGAACAUCAGCCUUAACCAAUCACCUCUCAUUCCACAUGAAUCAUUUUCAAUUAAAUCCAAAGGGUCGACAUCGCUAAAGCAAGACCAAAUAAAAAGUCAUGCAACAACCUGAGCCCUCUAUGCCCAAGCCAAUCAAAGCAGUGUAACUUCAUAGCAUUUUUGUAUGCGCCUUUCAAAGUAAAAGCCAUCUUUAUAUCUUACUUGAAACCAGUUUUUACUGUUUUAUUAUGGAAAAAUGACUAAGGUCUAGCUCAGUGAGCUCUUGGGGGGGGUUAUGGCUGUGCACAUACACCUUUAAAGUUGUUAUAGAGGUUACCAGUAUCGGUUGAAAAUACAUUGCAAAGGUUUUGAUUCAGAGUGGCCUUUUCCUGUUUGUCCUCAGGUGUAAUCUGGCACCAGUGGAGGAUUACUAUCAGGAUGUGGGGUGGAGGACUAACCUGGUGACCAUGAACCCAUCAGUGGUGCAGCGGGCCUUCCAGGACCUGGUCAGUGAGGAAUGGAGGGAUCGAUUCCUGCAGCGUCUCCAGAGCUUGAGUGGCAGCGUGCUGUGGAUCCCAGCCUUUAUGGCCAAGGGGGGAGAGGAGCGUGUGGAGUGGGCCCUCCGUCUCAUCCUGCUGCACACCGUGGAUGUACGCACUGCCUUCCCCUCACUGAGGCUUCUCCACGCGGUCAGGGGGUAAGAUGCUGCACCUGCUAUGCUGCUGUUUACAGGAACACCUGUUAGAAACAUAAAUGAGGGGUUGGUGAACUAAUCUGCCGCCCAGGUGGCUAUUUUUAAACAGAGUGCUCCAGCUGAUGACAACCAGUGAGCGGAUGCUGCUCUGUUUCUCUUCACUCAGGGUGCACCUCAUUGUAGGGUGAUGGUAUUUUAAGUAACCAAGUAUUGUAUUAUUGUACAGUACAUGUGGUCUGUUUUUGGAGUGAGCAUUGGUGUCUCUGCCUCCCCAGGAGGUGAUUGGCUCAGCAUUAAGACUGGAGAGGGGGCUAGUUUGGCCUCAUUUCAAGCUCAAAAACAGCCCUCCAGCGAGUAGAAAGCUCAUUAUUAUCAGUUUGUGUCUUUGUAUUGAAUAUAUAUCUAAUAUUCCUUUGAGUUCUUUCUGAGGGAGAUAUGAGUGCAUUUACCCAACACUCUGAAAAUUCAUCAGAUAUUAGGAGAUAUUUUGGUCUGAACCUAAGUGACCCUCCUAACAACCAACUCACUGACUAAUAUUGCAUUAAGCUGAGCCGAGGAUCGAGUAGGGCAUCAAACAACCAAUUGUUCUUUUUUAGCAUUUCAGGGGUCUUAAUGUCUCUUUGAUGUUGCCGGGCAACCAGCAGAGAUGCCAUAAGGUGGUCCUGAAUAUGGGGACAAACCGUUUUUGAAGGUCUUGCUCCUCUGAUCGAGUGGAAUUAAUGCAAAAGAGAGAAGAAAAUACUGAGCUUUUCCUGAAAUCAAACCUGAUCCUGAUCACUCUGAGUCUUUGUCUUUGAUUAUUGAUGUGUAGGAAACCGUCACAAAGAUGCCAUCCAAGAUAAAGUUGAGUUUACAAACUAUUGUUUGCUUAUAAUGUUCAAAUCCUGUGGCAUAAAAAUUGUUGUGUGAGAAAAGGAACAGCGGCGGGACUUUUCUUAAUCGUUGUAGUUGUUGAUUUAUUUUAGAGCGGGUCGAGGGCCUUUUUAUAAAAAUACUUUUUGCAAAUCUGCCACAUUCAGCCUCCGCUGCCUUUAGGGCUUUUAUUAAAUCCCUCUCUGCAUUUUUUUCUAUCCCUGCGUGUCUUUCAUCACAAUAAGGCUUUGCUCUGAAUCUUUCUUGCAUUGUUAAAAACUACUGCUUGUCACUGACCACAUUACGCAAUUUUAUAUGCCCCAACUAGCACUCAGUAUUUCAGAGGACUAGAACUGAGCCAUGAUUGUUGCAGUUAACACUCUGUAAAAUCGGGAUUUUAUAAGAGAUCGAGAGAGAGAAGACGGCUUCCUUGUUCUCUCUGUACAGCUGAACCUUAUAUCCCUAUCAUGAGCGGUGAAGGAAAAAGGAUCUGCUUCACUAAUGCCACCUCAAAACAUUUCCCCGAUAACCUUCUCUGCUGGUUAAAAUGCUUAUCACCUAUCAUAGCAAGAGGUUGGACUGAAAAACCUUCCCGCUGUUUGUCCUUCACGGCAUAUGAGCAGCUUUAAAUAGUUCACCCUCUGCGUCUCAACUUGACCUUGAGCGCCGACACGUAGAGCACAGCGAGAGCCUGGAGGCAGGGAAAGCAGCUGGUGACUGGACACAGAACAAAGUCAGGGCAAGUGGACGCCUGACCCUGAGAGCAGCAUGUGGCAUUAAACCAUAAGGCGCUAAUAUGGAUAAUCUAAAAUUGAAGGCAACUGUUGUCGUUUCAUGUCCUUGUUUUGUGUUAGUGUUCAGCAAAAAAGGAACAAUUAUUGAAUUAUACAUGAAGCCUUCGAUAGUGUUGUCCCAGAAAACACCCAGAGAGUCUUUUACCAGUGCUGUAAGAUGAAACCUCUGAUCAAAAUUGUUAAAAUCUAUUUUGCCAAUAUGUGAACUAUCAUCAAGAAAUUGGCAGCAGAUGCAAAAUAUUUUUAUCACACUGUCUCAAAUUUAACAGGUCUGAAAAAAGUAGUUGCUGUCUUUUUUCGUUUUAUGAUUGAUCAUCUUCUAAAAGACAUAAGAAAAAAAGUUAAAAGAGAAAUUUUCUCAAACCAAAACUGCAUCUUUAGGUCAUCUUUUGUUUCCAUGUACAGUUCGGAUCACCAGGAUUUUUGCACAACAGUGAUAUAGCAAAGGGAGAACUUUAAAAUCGUUGCAUUUAAGAAGCCUAAAGUCCCAUUGGGGAGGUUCUGUUUUUAGGCAGAUUUGGUGCCCCCCUGUGGACAAAGCUGUAACCUAUCCUACACAUAUGUGACAUAAGAUGUAUAUCCUGAGGAAAAAUCUCACCUUGUUCCUUUUAGAGGUCAAUAUAUCAGUUACAUAAAUCUUUGAUUGAACUGUUUAGGUAAAUUCAGUCUCAUAAUAAUAAUAAUGAUAAUAAUAAUAAUAAUAACUUUAUUUGUAUAGCACUUUUAAAAACAGAAGUUUACAUAGUGCUUUGACAUAUACGCAUAGAGCACAUGGAAAAAGACGGAUAAAAACAAAAGCUCAGUUAAACCAGAAUUGAAGGCCAUUUUCAUGUCAUAAGGAACCCAGACAACACGAGAACCAUGCAACAUAAAAUGAGAACGAGUCUCAUUUUCGACUGAAUGAGUCUUCUGUGUGGUGGUCUUGUUCGCUUUUUUUUGGUCAUACUGCGGCAUUUGUGUUUAUUUCAGUCUGUUUCAGUACCAGCGGAAACCUCCUCACGGAGCUUUUAGAGGAGUCUUUGUCUUGAGACUUAAUGGAAUUAAAUUCAGCUUCCUUUGUAGAUGGUUAAAAUUAGUAAAAGUGUGAAUGAAGUAACCGACUGCUUCAACCUGAACUCAAACACACAUUUAGCAGGGAGAAUUUUUUGCAGCUCAGUGAGUCCAGAGAGCAGAAAUAGGGGGAAAAACAGUCACACUUUGACUGUGAAUGUUCUUGAUUGAGCAGCCUGGAAGUCUGCAGCAGAGAAAUGUGUUAUGUAAGAUCAAAAUUUCUUACUCGUGACAUUUGAAGAAUUAGAUCCACUCUGUGUGCUCUGGCAUACCUUACACGAUGGCCUAACAUCAAACCCCAGAGGUGAAGAGGUCUCACUGAAGCAGAUUAGUGCUGCCCUCCAGCGAAUACUGACAACAAGAGCUCCUGAACAUGUUUCCUUAUAACUUUAUUUGUAAUCUGGUUGAAGGUUUAUUAAGACACCAUCUGUGGCUAACCACACAUUGCAUUUCUAUGUAUGUUCACAGGUACUGGCUAACCAACAAUGUCCACAUCAAGCGUCCGACCACGGGGCUCCUCAUGUACACCAUGGCCACUCGCUUCUGUGAGGAAAUCCAUCUUUACGGCUUCUGGCCCUUUCCGCUUGACCCUCAGGGACGACCGGUUAAAUACCACUAUUAUGAUACUCUGAAGUAUGAGUACACAUCCAGCUCUAGCCCUCACACCAUGCCCUUGGAGUUCAGGACCCUGAGCACAUUGCACAGACAGGGGGCGCUGCAGCUCCAUACCGGGGCCUGUGAUGGAGAGGGGAGGGUGCAGACAGAACUCCAGAGCAAAAAGAAGAAAAACGGCUCUCAGUAGAAAGAGUUUUCUUUCUGCUCUGCAUUUAUGAAACUUGAAUUAACUUAUUUUCAGUAACUGGAAUGAACUUUUUCUCUAUUUCUGGCUCUUUUAGGGACUCUGGCGUGUUUUAAUGAGGUUUCUAAGGUGACUUUUAAAAUACUGAGACUUUUUUGUCUACACUAUUCAUCAAGAUCCUGUUCUGCUCAUAUGCAGGUCCCUUUUUUCUCUUAAACAGCAAACCAUGAGCUGUCUCAGUCUUAUGUUUUAAUUUAUACAAAGAGUUUGCUGCAUUAGAGCUGUUGAAUUAACCACUCCUGUGAGUCACUGGUUGGGCCACUAGGUGGAAGCACUUAAUAAUCAGGGAGAAAGACGGAAACAGACACGAAUAUUACUAACCUUUAUUUUAGGACCAGUUUGAUUAGAAUCUUUUUCGAGAGUUCAUGUGAUGUUUAACUUGUGAUAGCAGAUUUUCAUCUGAUAGAGAACACUUUGUUUCUUGUUGUCUAGCACCCUAACUGGUGUUCAUAGAGAAGCAGGAUAUUUACUGACAAAAAAAAAAGGUCUAGUGAACCAGAACUGCCAUGGGAAACAGUCAGGUAACCUGGAGUGACAGAGGAGAGUGUGAAAGCAUGUGUGAGGAGGAAGAAGGAGUGUACCAGCUGUUCACAUAAGAGUGUUUACACAGACUUUAGUUGACGGUUAACUAACUUUGUUAUCUUUUGUCAAACACACCAGCCCUGUUUCUGCACUGCAGCAGGUAGAGGUCCGACGGUAGUUUUCUUAUUGAUAAUAGUAGAGCUUUUUUAUUAAUGAAUGUAUUGUUCAUACUCUUACAAAUGUAGUGUAAGAAAUGAGCCCCGUAAUGUGCAUUAAGGUAAUUCUGAUUGACAGUUUCAAUGACACUGAAUCUGACUACUGAUUUGCCUUUAUUCAUUUAAGACUUAAUUAGUUAUACUUACUGUAAACUGUAUGUAUUAUAUAUUCUGGUUAGUAUUAAGGUAUAUAUGUGGAUACAGAUAUUUAUACAUUUCAUUGCAAAUGCCAGUAUUUUGUGCCUAUAAUCAGUAAAUUUGUCUGUUUUUGAACCAUCCACAUGCCCAGAACUAAACAUCUUUUCAUCAGGGGAAAACAGUGUAAUGACCUUCUUGAGAGAGUCCGAAGAAUUGUUUUUAUUCUGAAGCCAGAUGCAGACUAUCUUGUGUAACCAAUUCAUCAGCAGCGCUAGUCUUAACUAUACUUUUGUUCUUCCAGCCUCUCAUGCAGUAAGUGUUGUGGCUGAGCCCUUUAGAGUUUUCAGGUUUUUCUCUUGAAUGUGGGCGCUCGAAGUAUCCUUCUUAACAAAAUGCCUCCUUUGAUCAAAAUUUACACAAGUAUUUGAAGUAUUCGAAGAGCUCCGCACCUAAUUGAGCAGCCUCUCAUGUGCUCCCAGCCAUGUGAUUUCUUCAUAAAAGUGUUGUUUUGUCAGUGCGCGCUUGUUGACUUGCAUGCUGGCCCACUACGCUGCCAGUUCAAGGUAAGAGGAAACAUGAAAGUAGUAGCAGAGACGUCAGCAGUCUGGAGCAAUGAAAGGUUUAUUUGUGUGAGCUUGUCUGUGCUGGGCAAAAAUAGAAACACUCUGUGACCGACACAAUUAAGUUAAUUAACCCAGAAUCUGGAGUUUGCCACAAGUUAGAAAAGUUUCCACUGACAUGAAGUUUGUGUUCUGCUGUGAAACAGUGGAGAUGAUGCUGUGAGGAUUUAUCAAACACUUUGUCUUAUACUGUAUACUCAAUGUGAACAACUGUUCAGUGUACAAAUGACUGCAAACUGAUGUAAGCUUUGCAUGUGUCUUGUCUUGAUACAUUCAACUUAAGUAUAUAUUAACUUUUUUUGUAUUUAAAAUGUUUAGUAUGACUCAAGGGCACUUGGAUCAUGUAGUUAUGACAAAGUGAAUGUACUUUUCUAUGUGUUUUCUAUGACAGGAAAUACACAAAUGAACAAGAAUGGUUAGAAAAACUAUUUCCAGGAUGUCUGCUGAGCUUUAUGGCUUCAAAAGGAGCACUUUUUAUUUUCUGUAGAGUUUUUAAAGAACUGGAAACUAAGGAAAAAGUUGUGGGUACACUUAACAUCUUUGUGUCAAAAACCAAGAGGGGGCUUGUUUCUAAUAAACUUCUAAAACUGUUU